AUAUUAUAUGGUGAAACCCUUUCCACCCUGUGAGGUGAACAUUCCAGAUCUGGUUAUCUGCCACCUCGCAACGCAAUGCUCUUCCAAAAUCCCCCAGUUUCAGGACAAAAUAUUCCAUUGAGCCGUUCUCAAUCUAUAUUUCACCAUUGUUUCCAUUUGUUCCCAGACUGUCAGCGAUUCGUUAGGCACUCGUUUUAGGUUUAGUUUUAGAAAUAUGCUUUGGAAACAGGCCCCGAGUCCGCGCCGCCCAGCGCUCCCCGCACAUUAACACGUUCCUACACACACACUAGGGACAAUUUACACUUAAACCAUGCCAAUUAACGUACACAACUGCACGUCUUUGGAAUGUGGGAGAAAACCGAAGAUCUCGGAGAAAACCGACGCGGGGUCGCGGGGAGAACGUACAAACUGAAGGAGGGUAUGUCUGAAGAAGGGUUUCGGCCCGAAACGUCACCUAUUUCCUUCGCUCCAUAGAUGCUGCUGCACCCGCUGAGUUUCUCCAGCAUUUUUGUGUACCUUCGAUUUUCCAGCAUCUGCAGUUCCUUCUUGAGAACGUUCAAACUCCGUACAUCCAAGCACCCGUGGUCGGGAUCGAACCCGUGUCUCCGGCGCUGGAAAGGCAGCAACUCUACCGCUGCGCCACCGUGCAGCCCAAACUAUUUGUGUUUCCGUCAUAACCCGGCACGUUUAAUAUCUAAUCAGAUUCCCACCAUUGAGUAAUUCGCUGGAAGUAACCUGAUCUCCCGGUUGCUAAACAUUUAAAUUCCCAUUCUCACACUGACGUUCCUGUCCUCGACCUCCUCCAUUGUCAGAGUGUGGGGAAAUGCAAAUUGGAGGAACGGCAGCUCAUAUUUCACUAGAGCAGCUUACAGCCCAGUCCUGUGACUACUGAAGAAGGAUCGAGACCCGAAACGUCACCCAUUCCUUCUCUCCAGAGAUGCUGCCUGGCCCGCUGAGUUACUCCAGCAUUUUGUGUCUGUCUUCGGUUUAAACCAGUAUCUGCAGUUGCUUCCUACUCGGGUGUUUCAUCCUGACGCUGAGCGUUCGUUCGCCGAGUGGUGCAGCGCGUCUAGUGCCGAACACCCGCGAUACUGCAAGAGUUCAGCAGCACUGCGGAAGUGAAACUGCCACGAAUCAACAUGGCUUCAAAACAACAGCUUGAGAGUUUAAGGGGUGAUCUAAUUUGUCCCAUCUGUUUAGACUUAUUCACCGAUCCGGUGUCACCAGACUGCGGCCACAACUCCUGCCGCUCCUAUAUCACGCAGUUAGGACAGUCACAGUAUCUGCAGUCCCACAUAAGGUCCCUGUUUGCUGAACUGCACCAGAUUCUCUUCCAUAAAGAACAGCGCCUACUUAAAUAUCUCAGCGAUGAGAAAGAGAUGAUUCUAAAUACAAUGGAGAAAAAUAUUCAAGAGAUUCAAGUGCGUUUGAAUCUUACGCAGCAGGAACUCCCAAUUUUACAGAAACAACUGGGUCAAGUAAAUGGUGUGACAUUAUUCCAGGAAGUAGCUGGUCGGAAGCGAAGAUUCUCUGUCUCUCUCCGUUCACCCGCAGACUCUGUGACCUUGGACUUGGAAACAGCGUGUUGGGAACUCGAUGUGUCCGAGGAUCGGAGGAGCGUGAUGUGGACCGGGACACAGAGGAGUCCCCCUGACAACGGGAAGCGAUUUACAAUCUGGCCUUGUGUGCUGGGAUCAGAAGGAUUCACCUCGGGGAGACGUUACUGGGAGGUGGAGGUGACGGAGAACUGGGGCUGGUGUCUGGGAGUCGCCGCUAAGUCUAUGGACAGGGAGAGAGACAUCAACCUGAGGCAGGUGACUGGGCUCUGGUCCGUGGAGCAAGUUGGCGACGAGUUUCAUGUGAACUCCUCUCCGAAAACCCAUCUCCUCACCGAUCCCAUCCCAGAGUGGCUGGGAGUUUAUCUCAGUUAUGAGGCAGGGAUAGUCUCAUUUUACAGCGCGGUCACCAAGUCCCAUCUCCACACCUUCAGUGGGAAUAGGUUCACCGGGAAAAUUUACCCUUUCUUCUGGACUUGGGAUGGAAACCAGUGUCUGAGAAUCUGCUCCGGUUCCAUUCUGGAUCUGUAAAUGUCUUUGGUCCCGGGUCCAAAUUCAGGAACAACUUCUAUUUCAAGGUUCCUUGUCACCUUAAUAAUCAAUAUUUUUUGGGGUGUCAAAUAUGGGGCAGAAACCCCAUUAACAACAGACCAACGCAAAACAUGUUACAUUUAACCACCAAAUUAUUAAUUGUAAAGCCACAAGGACCUUGGAAAUAGAACAGCAUCUUCCCUACCCCAUCAGGCUAACUGGU